AUGAAAACCAAGAAUGCCAUGUACAUCCACACGCUCCCUGCUGAAAGCGUAUACUUUGUAGAAAGCCUUGUACGCCCUCGAAAGCUGAAGCCACAGGCCCUCCUCCCUUUCUGCCCAUCUCUUCUGCUCAGGAAUCUGAUCGCUCUCCAAGUGCUCUUACAAGAUUCCACUGACGUCUGCUCCCUGUCUCAUUCUCUCCCUCCAACUCUUCAGACGCACAAGCUCGCUCUGACUCAGGCCACCCGGCACUGGCGGCCAUCCCCUGGCUGCCAACAAGAUCCUCCCCGCAGGUGCUCAGGCCCCUCGCCCUCCGGUUUCGGCAGCCCCUCUGAGCCCUAG